UUAAAUAUUUCAUCAACUUUUAUAUUAGAAUUGAUUAUGACUACGCAACCAGAUCCUACCCCUGCUAUUCGUAUAGUACCACAUAUAGAAGGUCCUCGUUCUUUGCAUUUUGACAUCAUCGAACGAGAAGUUGGUGAAAGUGUGGUUAUAAAGAUUGGUCGUUUUACAGAUAAAGCAUUUAUUCCAAAUAGAGUCACAUUUAAGAGUAAAGUUGUUUCCAGAGGUCACGCUGAAAUUUGGACUGAAGGUAACAAA